GAGCAGUGGAGGGGCGUCACUCGGUCGCUAGCCGCAGCCCAGACCAGCCGCACUAACUAGACAGGCUCGACACGCUCGGGAGUGCCGCCACGGUAGCCUGAGUCCAGACUCCAGCCACCAGGUCCCCGUGUCUCAGAACAGCCUCCCGCUCGCGCUCGUUCUUCGUGUCGGCUGUUUACGCCCCAGUUGCCUGCACCAGCACAAGCAGGAUAGCUAGCCAAGCCGACUAAGAGCCUGUCUAGCGGUUUAUCCCCACCCCCGAAAACGGAUAAUCUCUGUCCAGUUAAUUUUCUACCAAGAUUCAACUUUUCUGUCUCCUCGAAUUGCUCAAGUCCAACAAGUCCCUCUGCCUCAUUCCUCUUCACCUCUAUACAAAAAUAAUUCACAUCAGGAAGAACCAGCGGAAGUUUACGGAGAAGCACAGUGUCUAGUGAAGAAUUAAGAGCAACAGUGAGUUCGUGACGUGGACAGCACACAUCUGGGUCAUCCCCGGCGUGAUCGUCGGCAGCAGCAGCAGCAGCAGGAGGUGGUGGCCACCAUCCCCGGGUGAGCGUGGCCGCACAGAAGCCGUCCUGGCCACGAGUGUUACACAAGUGGGAGUCUGCGGCAGCUGACCUCCGCCAGCCAAGUGGCCACUCGCGUGACGAGGCGCCCAACUUUCACGUGACGCAACGCGUGGGUUUCAUCACGGGGACAAGAGCGAGUCUGCCUCUUAAACCCGGCCGCACAGGACAGUGGCUCACUGCGGUGCUCAGACGGCAGGAGUCCACCGCCAGAGACACGCCCCCGCCCCAGCCGCUCUCCCCCGCCACCUCCGUCAGGAAAGUGAAAGUAACAAGAGCGGUCAAGCCAGCCCCACGCCCCGCUCGUUGCCACGAGACACCCUCGGCGCCUCGCCAAGCUUCGCGGUCCCCCUCCACUUGUGAGUGUGUGAAGCCAGUGUGAAGGUGAAUCACGCCCACAUCGAGUGUGACGCUUGGCUUACCACCUCCCGUAUCCAGCUACUAACCACAACCUGUGUCAAUAGAAAGUGUUUGAGCGCCAGAGCUGUCAGGAAAACGCGCCGUCAGUGUAUGUGCAAGCAGUGAGGGGAGUGGAGUGUCCCAGGGAGGGAGUGAGAUAAGUGGUGUUUGCGAGUGUCAGUGAAUUAUAUGCUCAAGGCUUCCGCCGUUAUUCAAGUGAUAAAGUGUUAACACAAUGCCUGCCUACCACGGAACCAAAGUGGCAUUCCAUCCCGAGAUGCACACUAUGCAUAAUCCGCGCGCCCGAGAGAUGCUCUACGCCCGGGGUAAGGCCACCCCUAUGGUCCACCCUAUGUUUGAGGCCCUAAAGAGUCGUCACGCCCAAGAUAAGGUCGACUACGCCCGCAUGAUGAAGAUGCGCGACCUGAGGAAGAUGGUUGCAGAUGGUGGGUAUCCCACCUUCGACAGUCUCAAGCUCUUGGGCGCCGAGAACGACGCCAACUACUUGGACGUGUUCAUGACAGAAGGGAACAAGCACCGACACCAUAACGAGAACGACUCGAGGGCACGCACUCGCAGUGGCUCCCACACCUCUAAAGGCAGCAAUAAACGUAAUGUCGACGUCGAAAAUAUUAAGAAGACGUUAUUGGGCAGUCUUCGCUCUGCUGCCAGCGAUGAGAACAUCUACGAGUCAGUGGAAGUGAUCCAGUACCGGAAAACUGUUGAAGCCAUCAGUCGCCAAAAUAAAGUACGUUCCGUGCCAAAAACGGGUCACCCACUGUUCGACCACUUGCGGGUUGAGAACGUGUUGAAGCCCAAACGUCAGCACUCUGGCGAGCACCAGCAGCACCAUCACCACCACCACCGCCGCAGCGAGGCCCACAACAGUGAUGGCGGCAGCAACAGCCACAGCUCCUCGGGGUCCGGAGACGAGUUCGACUAUACGAGAAAACCCAACUGUCGUUUUUCUCGCCGCGAGGUGUUAGGGACUUCGCAUGGAUCCAAGACACUCCAGAAGGAGGCGCGCCGCCCAAAACACUCCAGUGUACAGGUGGCGGAAGCUGGCUCCGAAUCUGACGACGACUGGGCUAUUCCACGUCCCAAGAUCUGCGGUCGUAACCGACGGACGGGUGCGACGGGCCUCGUGACCCCCCAUGACGAGUCCGAUAGCUCAAGUAAGUCGACGGGUCUCCGGUGACGCCCACGCCCAUCCUUCGCACCGCCCACGCUGUAGCCGCCUGCCUCCCCAGGGAGCCCAGCACGCACUCCACAACCUCGCCUAGUGGCCCCGUGUCCUCCCGGCUCCUCUGUACCAGAGAGCCACGGAUGGUAACGCGCGGUGCCACGCCGGGCCGGGGCUCUCCACCGUCAGCCGCCCCCCCGGCUUGCAUGUGAGGGCCAGCUGGCCAGUGGCACCGUCUCGUGGGCUGACAUUCACGGGCCAGCUGGCCACACGGACCGGGAGGGCGGGACGGGCUGUGAGUGUGCACGGAGCACUGCCUGCGCCAGUGUUGUAGUCUCACACUUGUGCACCACUCACGCCGCACUUCACCACACGCAAAAGACACCCACACCCACCCACCUUGUACAUCCCAUGUACAUAGUUGUACAGCUACUCCUUUCAUGCAUUGAUUGUUCCUUUGUUUAUGUUUGAAUGCCGCAGCUGAAUGUCAAAAUUGGUUCAUUAGCUUAAGUAGAGAUAAGCCUAUCCUAUACCUGGUUCUUUUUUGUUUAUAUUUAUCACCUGUGUUGGUCCAGUGUACACGAGGGGCAGUCCUGUGUGUCUGCUUCACACCACCAAACUUGUAUCAAUCGACCUGGGCAUUGUGCUUCAAAUAAAAGAGGUAGAGGGAA